CAAGAACGUCGGACCGUGAACAUCAUGAAUGCAGUACCGAUGACGAUAUGCACGUGAACGAAAACACGAGAGAAGACGGACCGAAUGACCCCCAAGGUGCGGCAGACAACGCACCCUAGGACACCACCAAGGAAGAGGAUAUCAACAAGCAGCAGCAAGCUGCGUCAACAAGACACAUAUCUCCGCAAAAUGGUUUACUACACCGGGCUGCCACUGCUCAUGCAGCAGGCAGAUGGCAGUACAAUAUCCCAGCUAUGCUUCAGCAAUAAUGCGACCAAUGAUCGAGGCGGUGAACAGUCGCAACAACAGCAACAACAACAACAGCAGCAGCUCCAGCAGCAAAGGAUACAGUUCCAGCAACAGGUCGUCAACCUGAGUAGUAAUAGUAAUGGAAACGACAACCAGUCUACCAUGUUGGGCGCUGCUUGCUCUUCGACGCAGCCUAGCGGAAGCAGCAAUAGUUCAGCUCACCUGCAGGUGGGCUACGGAACCUUCCAACCCAGUAUGGUCCCAACGAACCUAGUUUCCCACCAGUCCAACGUUAGCGGAAAGUUUCGAUGCGAACAGUGCAACAUCAACUUCGGAAGCAAAAGUGCUCACACAAGUCACAUGAAAUCGCAUGCCAAGCAGCUGCAGCAGCUGGGUAUGACCGAGGGCGGUAAACUGGUCAGUACGAAGACCGUAGCUGCGAUGGCUAUCCAGGGAACGGCCGCUUCAGUCGAUCCGUACCAGUGUGAUGUGUGCAAGAAAACGUUUGCCGUUCCGGCCCGACUGGUACGACAUUAUCGGACGCACACCGGAGAGCGUCCUUUCGAGUGCGACUUCUGCCAUAAGAUGUUUAGUGUUAAGGAAAACCUGCAGGUCCACCGGCGAAUACACACCAAGGAACGGCCAUACAAAUGCGAGAUCUGUGAUCGAGCCUUUGAGCACAGCGGCAAACUGCAUCGGCACAUGCGAAUUCAUACCGGGGAACGUCCACACAAGUGUAGUGUAUGUGGCAAGACGUUUAUACAGUCUGGUCAGCUAGUCAUUCAUAUGCGAACGCAUACGGGCGAGAAACCCUACAAAUGUCCCGUGGAAGGCUGCGGCAAGGGCUUUACGUGCUCGAAGCAGUUAAAGGUACAUUCACGGACACACACCGGUGAGAAACCAUACCAUUGUGAUAUUUGCUUCCGGGAUUUCGGCUACAAUCACGUGCUGAAGUUGCACAGGGUGCAACAUUACGGAUCGAAGUGCUACAAGUGCACCAUUUGCGACGAGACGUUUAAAAGCAAGAAAGAGAUGGAGGCACACAUCAAGGGACACGCGAAAGAAGCUCCGGAGGAGGAAGCCAACGAUAAUAAGACGGUGGUGAAUGCAUCUUUGAGUACCGCAUCAAGCCGAAGUAGUCCGGAGUAUUCAUCGAGUUCCAGUAAUCUUGAGGCGCCCGAUAGUUUGAUGAUGGAACAACCGAUGGAAUUGGAGGAAAAUCUUUCAGCUCCACGGAUUGACAUGCAGGAACAGACCACUGAUGGUAGCAGUGGAAGCAAAACUAACCGUUUCCCAGAAAACAUCCACUUCUACUCUCAGUUCGAGCAGUCAGUUCUGCGAAGCUACGGCGUUCAGUCCGGCGUGAAUCCGGCCCUGCUAGCAGCAGCAUCCAUUGCCGCUGCUGCUACGGAAAUUCAAAGCAAUAAAACACCGUCUCCUCCACCGUUGGCAUUCACAAUGUCGCAGCAGCAGCAUCACCAACAAUUGUUGGCUUCAACUGCUGAUGGUCGGUUGUCGCCAUCGGCCGGACAGUCGCACGCGGUUGACAUCAUUAUGCAACAGCAGCAAUCCCAGUCACAUCUGCUACAGCACCAGCAACUUCCGGAGGCGCAUCAUCAGCACCAGCAUCACCAGCAACAAAUUUCGGCCAGUUCAAACACUCACAAAUUCGAACCGAUGGCCGUCAUGAAGAACCAUGGUUAUUUUGCGCCUGCUUCGCAAGUUACCGAGUUCAGGUCAUCCAGUGACAUCGUACGCCAGGUCGAAGCAGCGAUUGCGGGUACAGAGAAUCUUCUAACGCCACCACGAUCAUCUCCGGAGUCACCGGAUCGCUCGUCGUCGCCCGAAUCCGACUCAGUAUUAAUGGCCGACCGGGAUAACAAUACGCUGCCACCACGGAAGCGAAGGCUGUACUUCAAGGAUCAACCUGCUCGUAGCAUUGCCAUAGAUCAACGGAACAACCAGGCGCAAACGGCAUCCGCAGUCGAGUCGAUGUCGGUAAGGCAACCACCGGUUGUGGAUAAUCCUACCCCAGCAUCACCACCACCGGUCGUGCGGAUGAGUUCCGUUAUCCAGUACGCCAAAGCGUCUUACGAGUAGACAAAGUAAAACCGGGUCGAGAAUCGGUGUUAGUUGAUUACAAAAUGGCCAUAUAGUUGAAACGUGCAGGGUGUGGAAGAGUAAGUUCGUUUGGUUGGGGGAUCCGUUCGGUUGAAUAUAGCUGUGCAGCUGCAGAUCCCGUUUUGACGUUUGCGUUUGGACGUAAACAAAUCGUUUAAACUGAGUUACUACUGAGUUUAGAUCCUCUUGGUCUGUUUUUGACAACAGUUAUGAGUGCGACAGCAAAAUUACUACAAUCUCCUUUUAAUUGUUCUAUAAUAAAUGAGGCUGUGUGUAAAUCUCUAAUCAAAGUUACACAAAUUUAGGUUCGAAGAACCUGGUUUUCAUUCUCCAUCUUGGGAUUUUUAUUAGACACAAGGGACGGAAGGAAAUUCUGGCAGCUAGCUUUUUUAAUGUCGUCCCAUUGAUCUGAAAGUCUGAGUCAACGCCUACAACAAUACCAAACGAAAUUCUCCGUCACUGACGGUGCGUCAAAGCCAUGGAUUUUUUGUAGUUUGGGCUAAACCGGCAACUUUUAAACUUUUCAAAAUGGACCUGACGAUGCAACAUCGCAGAAAUCCGUUUGAAAGUUUGGAGUAGCGCCUACUACGCUUGUCAAAGACAUUGACCUAAGAACACCUUGCUUUUCCAAACCGCAGUUCGAUGGAAAUGACAAUCGCUAGGUUAUGUUUACUGCUGCGUAAUCAGCUGUUUAUCAGGUCUCUUUCGAAAAUCUGCCUCCAGAUACAAAUGUUCUUAUUGAUCCUAGUAGCUUAAAUUUACUUCCGUUUGUUACUAGAAGAAGAAAAAGGAAGUACUCAAUUCUGGGACAAUUGCCUCCUUAUUUACUCUGUAGUUCUUUGAGUUUCUCUUGGCACUGAAUUAAACUCAACUGUAUUUUGGACAAAUGGCGGAAUUAAAAUCCUUUCACUUCUUAACAAAACGAGUCGUUGCACCGCAGCGCCAUCGUUUUUAUUAUAACCCGUACAGCCCGGUGUUCUUCAGGAAGUUAUAGAGGAUUGGAUUUUAGGACUGGUCAUUACUAAGAGUGUCACGAAUGUUAUCCGGUAGAGCAUGAAAAAUCCGUGCGUCAUGGUAUUGGGACAGUUGAGGAGAUAGUACAUUACAGGUCAUGCAGAUAUUUUGAAAAGGUCUAGUACCAGCCAUACUGUGUGAUGCAUUUGUGUGAAUCUUCUGAUCUGAUAGAAUCUUCUGGUCCUGGUGAUUUGGGACAUCUUCCUAUCAUCCCAGACAUCAACCGUCUGCUUCCACAUUUCGGAGUAGAGAUGGGUGAUCAUCACUGCCUUGAGCGUAGCGGCUAUCCACCAUUUUAGGUCUUGAUCCGGGACUUCCCUUAUAUAUAGCGAGCCUUUACGACCCAAAGAGGCUAAACGGUCCCAAAGAUUCCACAGUGGCUUAGAAUCAAAAUGGUGACGAUGUUUUGUCGAGCUUGUGCCUGUAUGCCUUGAAUCAAAAGAUGUCGCGAGUCGUAGAUAGUAACAAUUGAGGUUUUAUGGGAGUUUCACAGCCGCUGAUAAAACUUAAAUUGCACUUAUAGCGUACUAUAAAACUUAAAUUGUUACUUGUAAAGUGCUGUGACUGCACUGACAGAGCCUGUAAAGAUGGCGAUAGGUUUUGGGGCAGGAGUUGUGGCAGCUAAGCAAACUGUUGCGACUUCGGCGGAGAAGACGGAUUAGGGUUCUGGUAACCGAUGAAACAGGCAGGUUUCCAUGUCAGUGAUCGUACAGCCGACGUGUCUCAGGGCUUUCGAGCCGCCAGUAAACAUGUGUGGUUUCUAUAUUCAAUUACCGACUUUAUACGAACCGGGGAAUUGUGGCCCGCUUUGAAGCUGUUCUUGAUGGUCAUGUCAAAGGAAAGGCUGGCUCGUUUCAACACCUGGCUCCAUUCCAGUUUACCGUGGACAUCGGGGCGAAUUGUUGGUUGGUAAAGUGUUGAAAGAGUUUCUUCGCCUUCUCCGUUGUCGUCUCCACAAAUCUUCUCGAUAAAGAUUCUUGCUAUUUUGGUGAUGGUUUCUGUCAUGAAGAAGUCGAAGGGGAGUCUACCAGAUUAGGUACAUGCCGCUCUGGCUGGAGUCGAUGGGAGUAGGUUUGAAGUGAUUCCAAUGGCCUGGUUGUGGACAGGUCUUAGGAUAGCAGGAAGGUUAUUGUUGGCAUGUGAGUCUUCGCCAGAAGUUAUUCUGCUAUCGAUUACAGCUUUGACUACACGGUUUCGUACGCUGCGGUUGCUGGUGGGAUGACACCUAUACAGUGCGCGCAGUAAAUUGGUUUUGCAAUUUUGCACAUUGGUGGUGAUCGAGGUUAUUGUUGUUUUCGAGAUAAUGAACUAGUCGACGGUUUACUAUUCUCUCCAUGACCUUGCUGUUGCAGCAAGUGAAGGAGAUCGGGCGGGAAUCCUCCGGGGUAGCAGUAGCCAUAUGACGCUUCGGAAUCGGAAUCUUCAGGCGAUGAGUCCAAUAAGAGAAAGAGAGUUCGUCAGCCAUUCGUUGUUUAGGAGUCGCAGAAGGAUUAGCCUGCCCUUACGGGGCUGGUGUUUAAGCAUCGGAUACCCAAUGUCGUCGUGACCCACCGAUUUACCAUUGCCCCGCGACAGGGCAAGCACAAGUUCUGCAAACCGGAACGGUUUUUGAUUUCCAAUGGGAUGGCGACCUCUGAGUUUUGAGUAUGGUUCAAGGUGUUGAUUGAUGCAUUGUUAUGAAGUUUAAUGUUAUUUUCGUACGAAUCAAAAGCGAAUAACGAAACAAAGUAUUCUCCUAGAACUGCUGCAACAGUGGUCGGAUCAGUGAUGAUGUAACCUUAGUGCUUUAACGCUACGCCGCGGGCUCUUCGCAUUCCAAUCCGUUGAUGCGAUCCCAAAACUCCAUUGGUGUUUGUUCCUAUCAAAAAAAUCUUCCCAGCUUUGACGGCAUGCGUUUUGUUUUUCCCGAUAGUGUGAGAGAGAAUUUUCUUUGUCUGGGUGAUAAUUCGACCUUUUCUCCGGUUUUGAUUACUGUCUUGCUUGCCGAAGACCACCAGUGGAGUGAUGCUAGUUGUGCUUUCGUCGCACUUUUUUUUUCUUCUAUCUCGGAGCUCCACAUAGCUUUGAUUUAACUUUCGAUUUCCCUCUUGCUUUUUGCAUCCAUCUAUUACGUCGCCAUUCAGCUCUCGUGUCAGUGAGCCGUUUAGAUUCUGAUUCUAUGAGCCAUUUAGCUACUGUUUCCGUGAGUCAUUCAGUUCCCAGCCUUAUGGCGAUCUACUCCGAUAGUCCCCGGCGGUGAACUCACCCUACUCCGACUGAGAGUUCCCCGACGGAAGAAUUUCUCCCGACGCCGAUACUCGCUUUCUUGAUCCAUCUAACUCCUAACUUUAUCGAGAUUAACUCGGAUAUUGUCGGGCGUUGAACUACCCUACUCCGACUGAGAGUUUCCCGGCAGCGGAAUGUCUCUCGGUACUGAUGUGUGUUUCGUGAGCCAAUUAGUUCCCAUUUUUGUUACGAUAUAGUCGGAUAGUCCUCUGCGGUGAAUCUACCCUAUUGUGAAUUCCCCGGCGAUAGAUU